GCCAUAAUUGGGAUUAUUUGGGAAUAAUUGGCUCAAUCCAUCCCUUUUCCUCUUGGCGCCGCCCCCACCCACCGUCAUUUGCGGCUGUCAUGGAGGAGGGGGUUCUUCUUUUCCCUCGUCUUCUUCUUCUUCUUCUCCUCCUCCUCCUCCAGCCGGCCGACGUCCAACAAAACAAAGGCUGCGUUUAAUAUGUGCAAGAAGGAAUCGCGUCGCUUCUUAAAGAUGGAGAACGAGAUUUAUGGGCGCGCGCACCGAGCGAUCGGCUCGCCGAUCCGCGUCCGUUGGAAUUGCACCUUUUCCCGAGCCCGGCAUUGAAAAUCGGACAUUACCGGGGAUAAAUGAAGGCGAGCAGAUCCUUUGGCUUUUUUUAUUCGUCCUCUGGAGAUCUCCCGUGCACCCUCCUUCCCCCCCCCUUUCGACGUGAUGCAGCACGGAUCGACUGUGUUUACACGCUCGAUGCUCCGAUUUUUGUCGCCUUUUCUCCCGUCGCAUCUUCAGCUGUUGAUCCCAUGUCGUCUCUUCGGAUGGAUUUAUGCAUAACAGGUGUUCCGGGCAUGAGGCUUGACGGUGCGCUCUUGAUUUUUUUCGACGCGGAGACAAAGCCAAGGCCCGAUCGUUUUUUUGCUGGGUUGUUUUGCAGCGAGAUGAAAUGAAAGUUCGCCCCUGGCAAUCCACAUGGAUUGGACAUCUCGCACCAUCAAUGGCAGCCAAUGAGAUUCCAUAACCCAAAAAUGGAUAGGAAGUGGGAUCAAAUCUAUAGGAAGUGAGCCAUGAGACGUGGCGUUUGCUGCAGGAAGGGGCGUGGCCAAAAAACACUUAGGCGACGAGCUUUCGGACACAAGAGGUGGGACGACGUGUCGACAAGGUUUCUCCCGGUAAAGCGGACGACGGGCGUACGAGGAUCAGCUGAGCUUGAAGCCGGGCAGGAGGUCCUCACCAUGGCCAACCAGACCUUCUCCGCAGACGGCCUCUUGUCCGUCCUGGCCUCCCAGAGCGUCCCGUCCAGGGCGUCGGCGGGCGCCCCCGGCCCGGCCUGGGACGCCUCGGCCUACCUGAAGCUGGUCUCCCUGGGCCUGAUCAUUUGCGUGAGCCUGGCGGGCAACCUGUCGGUUUCUCUGCUGGUCCUCCGAGAACGGACGCUCCACAAGGCACCUUACUUCUUCCUGCUGGACCUGUGCCUGGCGGACGCGGCUCGCUCGGCCGCCUGCUUCCCGUUCGUGCUGGCGUCGGUCCGCAACGGCUCGGCCUGGACCUACAGCGCCCUGAGCUGCAAGGUGGUGGCCUUCAUGGCGGUGCUCUUCUGCUUCCACGCCGCCUUUAUGCUCUUCUGCGUGGCCGUCACCCGCUACCUGGCCAUCGCCCACCACCGCUUCUACGCCAAGCGCAUGACCGUCUGGACCUGCGCCGCUGUGGUCUGCAUGGUGUGGACCUUGGCAGUGGCCAUGGCCUUCCCGCCCGUCUUCGACGUGGGCACCUACAAGUUCAUCCGCGACGAGGACCAGUGCAUCUUCGAGCACCGCUACCUGAAGACCAACGACACCCUUGGCUUCAUGCUGAUGCUGGCCGCCGUGGUGCUGGCCACGCAUGGCUUCUACGCCAAGUUGCUGCUCUUCGAGUACCGCCACCGCAAGAUGAAGCCGGUCCAGCUGGUGCCGGCCAUCAGCCAGAACUGGACCUUCCACGGCCCCGGCGCCACCGGCCAGGCGGCGGCCAACUGGAUCGCCGGCUUCGGCCGGGGCCCCAUGCCGCCCACCCUGCUGGGCAUCCGCCAGAACCUCCACAACCAGCACCGCCGCCUGCUGGGGAUGGACGAGGUCAGGUCGGAGAGGAGGUUGGGCCGCAUGUUCUACGCCGUCACCUUGCUCUUCCUCCUCCUCUGGGCUCCUUACGUGGCCGCCUGCUUCUGGCGGGUUUUCGUCAAGUCCUGCAGCGUUCCUCACCGGUACCUCUCCGUCACCGUCUGGAUGAGCUUCGCCCAGGCCGGGGUCAACCCCAUCUUCUGCCUACUGCUCAACGAGGACCUGAGGAAAGUGCUCAGGGCCCACCUGCCCACCUACUGGAGGACUAAGCAACAUCUACCCCAAGACGAGGCCUACUGCAUCAUGUGAGGAGGUUCCUCGGACUGGAAAAAUGGAGACGGACGCCGUUUUUUCUUUUUGAACCCCUCCGUGCCUGAAUUUGCAGACUCUCCGGUGUCUUAUCACCGUCAACGAGAUGAAGUCUCCCGUUAAUGAGUUUAUCGUUAGUAGACGUCUUGCGCCGUCAGUGAGUUAAUAAAUGUAUAUAAAGCAUUGGAGGAAUAUUUUUAAAAUAGUCUUGAUAAAAUUAAUUAAAUAAAUAAAUAAUUUAAAUAAUUGGAAAACAGACACCAAAAAAGAGAGAAAAUUAUCCCCCCCAAAAAAAGAAAUAGUUUGAAUAGAAAAUUUAGAAAUAAAUUAAAGUUACAAAAUAAUUUUUUAUUUGUCAAAUUUAACCAAAAUUGAUUUCUUUAAUUGUUUGUCUGCAUUAUUUA